AUGGUUCUGAAAAUUGCAGCUUGUUCUGCUUCUUCUGCAGCAACCACUGUUUCCAGAACAGCUAUCCCAGGAGGUAAGCUUUCAUCUUUAUUCAUCGACCCACUUCAACAAACUACAUCAAACUCCAAUCCCACUACACCUUUCUCAGUUCUCAAUCCUCCAAAUCAAUCCCCACUUGGAAAAUUCCUCAAAACCACCUGUAAAUCAGGCAAUUUUAAUCUAAAUGAUGCGUUAAAUCAUUUUGAUCACAUGCUUCACAUGCAACCCACUCCUCCAAUUUCAUCAUUCAAUGUAUUAUUAGGUGCUGUGGGUAAAGUCAAGCAUUAUAAUCAAGUAAUAUCUCUGUAUGAUAGCAUGAUUAGAGCCAACAUACCGCCUGAUUAUAUUACAUUAAACAUAUUGCUUAAUUGUUACUGUAGUUUGAAACGGGUUGGCUAUGGUUUUUCGUUGUUGGGUGGAAUUUUUAAGAGGGGUUAUACUCCAAAUACGGUAACUUACACAUCACUGGUUAAGGGGCUGUUUAUGGAGGACAAGAUUGGUGAGGCGGUCUGGUUGUUCAUGAAAAUGAUUAAAUUGGGUUGUCGAAUUCAUGUCAUAACUUAUGGGACUUUGAUUAAUGGGUUAUGUAGGACGGGCAACAUGCAAAUUGCUCUUCGGUUGCAUGGUGAAAUGGUGAAUGGGAUUACUGAUUUUGGGGUUGAAUGUAAACCUAAUUUAAUUUGUUAUAAUUCAAUAAUUGACGGUCUUUGUAAAGAGGGAUCAAUAGACAGGGCUAAAGAGCUUUUUUUGGAGAUGAAAGGUAGAAGAAUCUCACCAGAUAUCAUUGCUUAUACUUGUUUAAUUCAUGGUUUCUGCAUUUCUGGUAAGUGGGCGGAUGCCAAAUGUUUCUUUGAUGAAAUGAUAGAUCAAGGGAUUUGUCCUAAUGUGGUAACGUUUAAUGUCUGGAUAAAUGCACUUUGCAAGGGAGGAAAUCUCAAAGAAGCAAGUGAAUUGCUAGAAUUGAUGGUUCAGAGAGGUGAAAAGCCCGAUGCUUUUACCUAUAACACAUUGAUGGAUGGCUUUUGUUUGAUGGGUAGGAUUGAUGAUGCUAGAGAUUUGUUUAUUUCGAUGGAGACCAAGGGGCAUAAGCGUGAUGUAAUAAGCUAUAAUGUUUUGAUCAAUGGGUAUUGCAAGAGAGGGAUGAUAGAUGGAGCUAUGAGGCUUUAUAGAGAAAUGGUUCACAAGGGAGUUAGGCCGACAGUUAUCACGUAUAACACCUUAUUAUCUUAUCUUUUUCAGGAAGGUAAGGUUGAGGACGCACGGGUACUUUCUAAUGAGAUGCAGGUUCAUAACCUGACACCAAAUUCAGCUACUUAUAACAUUUUAUUGGAUGGAUUUUGCAAAAAUAAUUGCCUUGAGGAGGCCAUGGAAUUGUUUAAGGCUCUCCAAAAAAGGGGGUUUCAACUGAGUAUUGAGAGCUUUAACUGUGUUAUUAAUGGGCUGUGUAAAGCGGGAAAACUUGAAAUUGCUUGGGGCUUAUUUGACAUAUUGUCUCAAAAAGGCCUGGUGCCAACUGUUGUAACAUAUACCAUCAUGAUCCAUGGGUUUUGUAAAGAAGGACAGUUAGAAAAGGCAUAUGAUUUGUUUUUGGCAAUGAAAGAGAAGGGUUGUUCUCCGAAUGUAGUAACAUUUAACAUGCUUAUCAGGGGUUUCAGCCAUAAUAAUGAGGCACCAAAAGUGGUCGAACUUCUUCAAAAAAUGGUAGAGGCAAAUGUUUCACCUGAUGCAUCCACAGUCUCUGUGUUAGUAGGCUUUCUAUCAAAGGAUAAAAACUAUAGUGAAUAUCUGAAUUUGAUUCCGACAUUUCCUGCCCAGGGCUAA